AUGGCGAGCGCACAGGAAGCAGAAGAGAUCAUCCAAAGCCUGAGCGGCCACAGCACACUUCUGGGGAAGCACGUUGAAAAAUGCGCGAAGAGACUACUGUUUGAACUUCUCCGGUACACCAACGGCAAAACCUUCACCACGGCCAAGGCAGAAGAGGACUCUCCCUUUGUUACCUUUAAGGUCUAUCCCGACAGGAUUGUUUCCGACUGCAAUAGUGACAACCUGACCAAAGAGGACCUCCAAGCUAUCUGCCGGGCAACAAACAAAGCCAACUUCAAAACAAUUGUCGCCGCGACCAAGAGGACUUGCAUCCAGUCGGGGAACUUCUCGUUCGAAUUCCAGCACAAUCCCGCCGAUCAUGACAAUGGCGACAUGAGACCUGUUUGGGUGACCUCCGUCGACACUGUCCCCGAGAACGUUACCCGCAUUACGCUCAAUCUUCACGAUCAAGGCAAUAAGAAAGAGAUCCAGAAACUAAGAGAAGUCAUUGCCUCUCAGUUCGAGAGUCUCCAGAAGGAAAGUAUUCUCUUCCUUGACGAUAUGGAGUUUAUGAAGAUCGAGUACUUCGAUAACGAUGGCAAGAUACGUCAAUCCAGGCAUUUUCAAAAGGAAAUCAUGGACGAACAUCGAGUUUCUGUGAAAGUUACGACUGUUGACAGCAAUGAGAAGCACAUGGAUGCUCAACUUUACCAUGUCGCGGAGCUAGACUAUAAUGAUGAAACAAAGCUCAUACUUGCCUUCCCUUUAACAGACGAUAAAAGGGCAAAGAAGCUUUUCAACCUUAUUCCACUUGGAACAUCUCCACUUGGAUUCCACAUUCACGCAGACGUUGACAUCGAAGAUGACAUAUAUAGUACAACUACCAAACCAUUCGACAAUUUAGGUCUCCAGGAAGACGUCUCUUCCGUGUUCCUAGAAGCGAUUUUGCAAUUUUGCGAGCACCCGACUCUUCGAUAUCACUGGCCGUUGUUUCUCAGACCCGGUGCAACAGAACAGGCUCCGUUCUGGCCUGACCUUGAUACCGAAAUUCGAAAUUGGAUCUCGCGAAACCCGGUUUUCAUAUCACGACACGUGAAGCAUUGGCGUCUUAUCAGUCACCUUGCUGCACCAGGUCCCGAUGCUCAAGACGAUAGCGGAAACCCAUUGUUGGACGACAAGAUCAAUGAUCCAUUUCUUUCGAGCAAUUAUCCCCCAGGAGUGGCAGGUAUCCUCAAAAACUAUGGACUUGCGGCUUUGACUGACGCUCAAUGUGUCGAGCUGCUUGAAAUGCAUUUUAUCACUCCAGGUUUGAGCCAGCCCAAGGGCUGGCAUAGUGCCUUAGCGCGGCUCCUUCCUAAGCUUCUCGCCAACGAUGAGUAUUCCGACAGAAUUAAAUCGCUGCCUCUCUUACAAAUCAAGGAUGGCAGCAUGGUAUCAGCAGCGACUAAGCCAGUCUACUUCCCUACGACAAAAGGUAUCGACAUUGCCUUGGGAUUGCCUGGCAGAGUUAUGAAUGAAUCUUUAAAGCAUGGCGUCUACUCGAAGGCGCUAUAUGAACAACUCGGAGUGGUGGAGGUACCUGUGACUCGGAUGAGAGAAGUAAUCUUUGCUAAGCUUUCCAGUUCAAAGUCCCCUUCACUUGAUGAUAUCAAAAGCUAUCUUGGCUAUCUAUACCUCACUCAUCAACCCUUCAGCUCUGAAAGUGAACAGCAGUACCGCGCUGUGAGGGUCUUGACCCUGGAUAUGAAGUCAAAGAACCCUUGGGAAAGUAUCAUCUACUUACCAGGGAUGGAACAUCCAUAUACUCCCCAGAGCCUCCUUGGUGCGGGUAUGUUUGGAUUUAGCGAUCCUGUCGACUUCCUACAUCCGGACAUACUGCGAUAUACACCAAAGCAUGACCAGGUCUUACAUUUGUCUUGGAAGACAUGGUUAUGUACUUGCCUCGGAAUAAGGCCAAGGCUGAGCCUGAUUCGACAGAAAGCCCUCCCUGAACAAGAGUCAGACAACUAUGGUUCGUCAACCACGAGUAAUACGAAUCUUCUUUCUGAACACUGUACAUAUGUGCUCAGGAACCGCCCAGACAGGUUUCUGGGAUUAAUUCAACAUCUUUGGGAUUUUGAAAAGCCUCAAAUCGCGGAAAAUAAAGCUCUGGUAUCUGAGAUUCAAGGGCUACCUGCCAAAGGCCUCUGCGGCUUGGACCGUUCUGUGGCUCUUAGAAACACAUGUGUACCCCUCCAAGAACUCAAAGAUAUUGUGGCCCGCUACAUGGAGUAUCCCGAUAAGUUUCCGUUCCUGAAACUUCAAGGGGAUAAAUAUGAGGGCCUGUGUAUCACCACCAAGUGGUCGUUUCUAACAAAGCACUUCGGCGUCAGACAGAAAAACGAUCUGGACUUUCUACUUCAGAUUUUGGACUCUAUCAAGCACUCGUGCAAAAAGCUAUCAUCUCCGCAGAUGAAGAAAGUUUUCGAAUUAUACUCUGCCAUAAAAACGAGGUUUCAGAUAUGCCCUACCGACGAAAAGCAGAGAGCGCUGAAGGGUUUUGAAGAUUCCGGUAUUUUAUACGUGGAUAGUAAAGGAGAAAUCUGGACGGACACCUCCCGUUGUCUCUGGAAUGCGCCUAGUGACAUGAUUUCGCGAUACUCUCUCAAGAAGUUUUACGAAGAAAGGGUUUUUGAUAAGAAAACGAUGCAAGAUUUGUCACAUUUAUUCUGUGUGAUAUUACGUAUCCGAGAUGCCUCUAUGGAAAACUUGGUGGAGGAACUAUGCUUUUUGCGAGAUAACGGAUGCAACGACGUGGCUCGCGUUGAAAAUAUUUACAAUUAUUUGCACAAGGAGAUAAAAGUAUCAACUGAAAUAAGGACUGCCUUUGGUGAUAAGAGAGUCAUAUUGGUCCAAGAUGAUGACGGUUCCAUGUGGCUUUCCGUCAAGGAAUGCUUCUGGUCUGAGGCAGAAGUCACACCGAUGCAAUGCAGCCUGAAGACAUGGUACCCGGGCCUGAAGCAAUUCUUUGUGAACAAACUGGGUGUCAAAAUAUCUGCUUACGACAAACUCGUGUACUCGACUCCAACGGAUGUAAAGCAAGUCAAGAAAAUCAUGUUAUCCUUCAUGGAUGAGGCGGGAUUCUUCCACGAAUUUGAAGAAGAACCACUGGGGACAGCAAAGAUUUUCCCCGUGCGACGCCCUACUGCGAAAGGUCAACCGCCGAGCCCCGUUGAACUAUGCUCUCUUGAUACAGAUUUUUGCAUUGGGGACCGCGAUUAUCUCAGGAAGUCACUACAGUCUAGCAUCAAGAUGUUGAGCUUCGACGUCACGGAGGUAAGACGGCUACAGCCACUUUUUAGGUGGCUCUCGAUUGAAGAUCGUUGCCUCUCUAUACGUGUGGUAGAGACAAUGAAUGUUGUUCCGUCAUGUAUCUUAAAAGAAUGGGAUUUGAGUGACAAGGCGUAUCAUAUUGCUCGUGUUGCUGAAACAUUCAACUGCUACGGAUCAUGCGAAGAUGCAUUCUCUUUAUAUCAGCAACUACGAACAACAAAGAUUGCCAAAGUGGAUUGCAUCUCGACGGAUCUGAUAAUUGUUCAGGAUGAUGAAACAUUCCAGGCAAGGGCUUCACAAAAGGCACUUGUGUCUAUCUCCCCCGAUUGCGACGACAAUCUCACUAUUUAUGUGGAUUACAACGACAACAACAGCAAGCAACUGUGUUUUUUCUCGGUCUUACCUAGAAAGCUCCAGCAAUGGCUCACGCAAGAUGAAAGUCAUGUUUACAUGGACGCCUCUUUCGAAAUCACCAACGCACUUACUUUGAUCUUUGCUAGUGAUGCUGCCAACAUGGAUGAGAUUCUUGAGGAUCAAGGUAUAUCCCAAGUUUCUUUCGAGAACCAAGACAUCAUCGAGUCAAAGCUCAAUGGAGAGGCACAUCAACCGCUGGCGAAGGAAGACAAGCCUGUUGUUUUGGCCAUACGGGAACGACAAUGCUAG